CUACAAAUUACUGCUUCGCUCUUCGAAUAUCAUCAAUUACAUUCCAUCUAUUCCGACAAUUUCCCUAUCGUGUCCUCGUUGUCCCCACGCCAGCGACAAUGGCUCCCCCAAACCCCACCGGGUUUGACAUGAAGACUUUCAAAGCCGCAGCUAAUCCGAAAUCCAUAUGGGCCCAGAAGGAUCCAUGGAAGCGAAACGAAGCAUGGCGAUACAGCGGCCCCUUCUCCCGGAUGAACCGACUCAGAAACAGUUUCCCCGGUCUAGGAAUAGCAACUGUUGCCUUUGCGAUAUAUUGCGGGUACGAGUGGGCGUUCUUAAAGGAUGACCACCACGGUGAAGGGCAUCACUAGAGACUUCAUUUGCUGUAUGACCCGGGACUGUUGCGGAUAGAUUAGAAGUUGGCGCCGACGACGAUCGGUUUUAAAAAUGGGUGGGACAUUUAAAAUCCUAUACGCAUACGAGUUCGUUUGGAUGGAAUGAUGGGGAAAUCCUGGAAGUCCGAUGCUAGGCAUAAGCGUGGGGAAGGUCCCUAUUUUCACAUAGAUUUUGAAGGCGCACUGACUAUGUUUCCCAUUCUCCCUCUGACAUCUCUGUACAUAUUACGCCUUCCGUGCACACUACGAUUGUUAUAAAACAAGCUUAUUUGUUUCCAGAUUCAAAAG